AUGGACGUCGACCCAAUAGACGGGGCUGACAGAGACCAGCUGCUCAACAGUAGGAUUAUCCAGGCAAUUGACCAUUAUAAAAAUACGGAUCCUGACGCUUUCGGACCAAGCCUUCAAGCUAGUCGACUGGAACCAAUAAUCUUAUUGCAAAUAAUGCUUUCAACAUAUCUACCUGCCAUCACCAAAGCUCCUGAUAGAGCCAGGUGUAUUGAAUACGUUGACAACAACCCAGGGUUAUGGCCUAAACUUACUUCAGCAUACAGCCGCAAGUCGUUCUCAGAAUUGUUCAACUAUGUCGAUAUGCCGUUCUUAAUGGACCUUACCAAUCAGGAGGUUGCCAGCUCUCCAAGUCCUAUUAUCCAGAAUCUUCAAGUAGCGUUUGAAGAACCUUACAAGGGAGAGACACCCCAGCUAUUUAUUAAUGUAUUGAACGAGUAUUGGGGGUCUCGCGCGGGCCUACCAGCUGAGAGACCAUAUAAUUGGUCUAUCUCAGUUAUCCAGUCUUCGGGUAUGGGGAAAUCCAGAAUGGUCGAGGAAGCCGCGUCAUCCAUGUUUACGAUCCCAAUCAACUUACAUGAGGAGCUCGGUAAUGAUCACAAAGCCUAUCCUCCUCCGGACAGGAUGUUUCGCGAUUAUUUUCGAGGACAUGAGGCUAAAAGCGAUCUUUGCCUACAGGCAGAGUAUGCAAUUAUAUUGCACCUGCUAUUCGCAAAGGUCGCCGAACUAGUUGGGGGAUGGCGUGCCUCGCUAGGUGAUAGGGCACCUACAACAAACGCAGAGCUAGCAAUGUUAUGGGCUGAGGUUCUCAACUACGGACGGAACGAUACCGAAGUUGGUGAGUGUCGCAAGCAUAUUUUAGAUGGUGUGGCGGAUCAGGCAGCGAAGAGCCGAUCGAACGUAGGUGCAGGAGAGAACCUGGGCUUCUGGAUAGCCCAAUUGAAGCAGUCAUGCCAGAACUUUGUCCAGGCCAUCCAUGGUAAUACGGAACCAUCAGAACUCAUAUGCAUUGUCUACUUUGACGAGGCUCAACAACUUACACAAUCCGUCCCGCAGAGCGAGGCACGCCGCCGCUCGCCCUAUCAUAACCUUGGCAAAGUGCUGGCUGACCUGACAGAUUUCCCUAUUUUUUUCGUUUUUCUAUCUACGAGUUCUCAUUUUCAGAAAUUCGCUCCCUCGCGCGUCAUCCAUCCAUCGUCUCGCAUUUCUCAGGGUCUCCGCCUCUUCCCUCCUUUCACUGAGCUGCCAUUUGACAUAUUUGUGGAUGAAGCAUUUCAAUCUUUGGAAUCCCAGAAUAAAAACCGCAGCCUUGAAAACAUGGGCCGAACGGAUGUGAUGGCAGGGUUCGGACGUGGCCUAUGGUAUGUCCACCACAAAAACUGGGCGCAGAAACAAGGAUUGCCUGUUAUAUCGUUUGCCAGGGACAAACUGAUUGCGGAAGGGAACCAAGCGAGAGUGUUCCACUCUCUCAUUGCUGCUCUGGGGGUUCGCAUUGGGAUAACCUUCGACAAUACAACUCAAGCCUCAAUCAGUAUGGAAUCAGAACUGAUCGAGUCCCAUAUGCGCGUUGUUUAUGCCAUCCCCGAGCAUCGGGAAUUCCUCCAUGGCGGAUCUCCCUCUGAACCUAUACUGGCAGAGGCUGCAGCGAGGCACCUGAACUACCCUCCUGAUCGCCCUGGAAUAGAACAGCGAGGUCCAGAAAUUCUGGCUUGGGCUUGCAAAAAGGGACUGCUUGCGAAGGGAGAGCGUGGGGAACUCUGUGGUCGACUUCUUGUGACUAUUGCACAUGAUAUUGCUUUGAAACCUCUCCAAGCAACUGACAAAUAUUCUUCCAACCCACAUUUCCAUCGACCUGUCCCUGUCCUCGACUUUCUUAAAGCUCUCUUUACGGGCGACAUCUUCCACGACGUGAUACUUGAUGCCCAUGCAGUGACAGACAAGGCGGAUGUGCCCACUUUAGGAACAGCAUUUGCCGAGUCUUAUAUCUUUUUUUCCCAUUUCGCCCUGGCCGGAGAUUCUGAAAUGCUGUCUGCUCCAAACCUGGCAGUAGCUUUGCUGCGUGGCAUGGCUCUCCAAGCUAAAGACAACCAGGAAUCGAUUGAUGCUGUUAUUCCUGUUCAUAUGGGUCCACUAGAUGCGCCAAUCUCACCGAAGUCGACGUCAGCGAUCAACUUACAAUUCAAAAAUCGUAAAAAGUCCCAAUCUUUCCAUGUUCUUCGCCACAUCACCGUUCCAGAUAGAGAGAUGUCAGUAAUAUCUAUCAUUUUCGAGCUCGGAGACGAGAAAGUGCGAGAUGAAGAUGAACUUGUCUCAAUUUAUCAAGCAACAUAUCGGGAGACACGCGGCUCUGAAGACAAACCACACUGGGACGACCACCAUUAUGAAAUAGUCGCUCAUGGGUGCACCGCGAAGACUUUCAGGGCGGUUUUGCCGACUGCUGAGCCAUUUUACCAGUCUAUUCUUGCGGCUCAAACGAUCAUCAUGGACUUUCCUCGAGCACUUAAUCAGCAGAGUUUGCAUGCCCUUCAGAACUUGAAACCGUUCUUUAAUGGUGUCCAAGAGAGUAAAUCAUGGGCAAAGUAUUUCGUAGAAUGA